AUGAUGAACCAGGAGAAGUGGGCUAAUCUGAGUCCUUCGGAGUUUUCUCAGCUUCAAAAAUAUGCAGAAUAUUCAACAAAGAAAAUUAAGGAUGUUUUAGAAGAAUUCCAUGGCAAUGGUGUGCUAGCAAAAUAUAAUCCUGAAGGGAAGCAAGAUAUUCUUAACCAAACAAUUGAUUUAGAAGGUUUCAAGUUAUUUAUGAAGACCUUUCUUGAGGCUGACUUACCAGAUGAAUUUUGUGAACAUCUCUUUGUAUCUUUUGGGAACAAAGUUCCUCACAUCAGACCAUUGGUAAAGACUAAAUCACCAUUUCUUCCAGGAGGCUUGCGAAUUGCUAAAAGCAUAACUACACAUCCUCAACAUCUUUCCACAAUUCAUAUACCAGAAGUAAUCCAGUUGAAAGAUAUUGUUUGCUAUCUUUCCCUUCUUGAAAGAGGGAGACCUGAAGACAAACUAGAAUUUAUGUUUCGCUUGUAUGACACAGAUGGAAAUGGCUACCUGGAUAAUUCGGAACUUGAAAACAUCAUUACUCAAAUGAUGCAUGUUGCAGAAUAUCUUGAAUGGGAUGUCACUGAACUCAGUCCAAUUCUUCAUGAGAUGAUGGAAGAAAUUGAUUAUGAUCAUGAUGGCACAGUUUCCUUGGAAGAAUGGAUUCAGGGGGGAAUGACUACGAUACCACUUUUAGUGUUGCUUGGAUUAGAGAAUAAUGUGAAGGAUGAUGGGCAGCAUGUAUAGAGACUAAAGCACUUCAACAAGCCUGCCUACUGUAAUCUCUGUUUGAAUAUGCUCAUAGGAUUAGGCAAACAGGGUCUCUCUUGUUCCUUUUGCAAGUACACUGUCCAUGAGCGAUGUGUCUCAAGAGCACCAGCAUCUUGUAUCAAAACAUACAUGAAAUCAAAAAAGAAUACUGAAGUUAUGCAUCACUUUUGGGUGGAAGGAAAUUGUCCAACAAAAUGUGAUAAAUGUCAUAAAACUAUUAAAUGUUACCAAGGACUGACCGGGUUACAUUGUGUGUGGUGCCAAAUCACACUACAUAAUAAGUGUGCUUCACAUCUAAAGCCUGAAUGUGAUUGUGGUAUUCUGAAGGACCACAUUCUACCGCCCACUUCAAUCUGUCCAGUAGUAUUGACUCUACCCCCUUUAGGAGUUUCACUUCCUGAGGAACGCCAAGCAACAAUGAAAAAAGAAAGAAGUAGCUGUCAACAAACAAACAAAGCAGCUGAUCAAAGCAAGGUGCAGAGAGCAAAUUCUCUCACUAUUGAUGGUCAAGGCCUUCAGAUCACACCAGUUUCAGGUACUCAACCACUUCUAGUUUUUGUUAACCCUAAAAGUGGAGGAAAACAAGGCGAAAGAAUUUAUAGGAAAUUUCAGUAUCUUCUGAAUCCUCGUCAGGUUUACAGCCUUUCAGGAAAUGGACCAAUGCCAGGAUUAAAUUUUUUUCGAGAUGUUUCUGACUUUAGAGUAUUGGCAUGUGGUGGUGAUGGAACCGUAGGUUGGAUUUUAGACUGCAUAGAGAAAGCAAAUUUGAUUAAGCAUCCUCCUGUUGCUAUUCUGCCUCUUGGAACUGGGAAUGACUUAGCCAGAUGUCUGAGAUGGGGAGGAGGAUAUGAAGGGGAGAAUCUUCUCAAGAUUUUAAAAGAUAUUGAGAACAGUACCGAAAUCUUGCUGGACAGGUGGAAGUUUGAAGUCAUACCUAAUGAUAAAGAUGAAAAAGGAGAUCCUGUGCCUUACAGCAUCAUUAAUAAUUACUUUUCAAUUGGAGUGGAUGCUUCAAUUGCUCACAGAUUUCACAUUAUGCGAGAAAAACAUCCAGAGAAGUUCAAUAGCAGAAUGAAGAAUAUUUGGUAUUUUGAAUUUGGCACUUCUGAAACUUUCUCUGCUACCUGCAAGAAGCUGCAUGAAUCUCUGGAAAUAGAAUGUGAUGGAAUUCAGAUAGAUCUGAAUAAUAUUUCUCUGGAAGGAAUUGCUAUUUUGAACAUUCCAAGCAUGCAUGGAGGAUCAAAUCUUUGGGGUGAGACCAAGAAAAGGCGAAGCCAUCGUCGAUUUGAAAAAAAUAGGGCAGAUAAAAGGAUCACAGUUACAGAUGCUAAGGAAUUGAAGUUUGAAUGCCAAGACCUAAGUGAUCAAUUGGUAGAAGUGGUUGGCCUGGAAGGAGCCAUGGAAAUGGGACAAAUAUAUACUGGACUGAAAAGUGCAGGAAAACGCCUUUCUCAGUGUUCUUCUGUUGUCAUUAGGACUAGCAAAUCUCUGCCUAUGCAGAUUGAUGGGGAGCCAUGGAUGCAAACACCUUGUACAAUAAAAAUUAUCCACAAGAAUCAAGCUCCAGUUCUGAUGGGGCCUACUCCGAAAACUGGCUUCUUCUCUUCCUUCAUUAAAAGAACAAGGAACUACAGCAAAGAGUAG